AGCAAAUUUGCGUCACGCGCUCCGUGGUAUAAAAGAAUGAGCGCGCGCUGUGAAGCGCACAAUACGGACGGCACGCGCUCGGACUCAACACGCGCGCGCGGAAGAUUAUUCUGGCGAACGGAUGAAGUAAACUGCGCUCCAGAUGAACUUCACAUAGCUCCCACCACGGGCGGUCCUUGUCUCUUUGCCACGCCGACAGUGUGAGUGCCAUGGAGAGGAACGACACAGCGCCGGGCGGCGCGUGCGAGAGCGAGCUGGAAUGCCGAGCUGCGCUGGAUAACUGCACUGGCGCUUUGGACGCUAAUCUUUCCGUGCGCUGCUGGCUGUAUCUGCUGACCAAGGAGUAUGACUCGGGGCUACAGGGCGACCCCUCGAGCCUGGCAUUGCGCGUUACGAUUGCGCUCGUGUACACGGUGGUGUGCGCGCUGGGGCUGGUGGGAAACACGCUGGCACUCUACCUGCUCCACUCGCGCCACCCGCAGAAGCAGAGCUCUAUCGAUUGCUUGGUUAUGGGCUUGGCCUUUACUGACCUGCAGUUUGUGCUCACACUGCCCUUCUGGGCCGUGGACACAGUUAUGGACUUUCGCUGGCCCUUUGGUCGCGUCAUGUGCAAAAUCGUAAGUUCUGUGACCACCAUGAAUAUGUACGCCAGCGUGUUCUUCCUCACCAGCAUGAGUGUGGCCCGGUACUACUCCAUCACAUCAUCGCUGAAGAUGCAUGGACACCGGUCAGCUGUGAUCAAGGCCAAGUGGGUCAGUGUAGCCAUCUGGGCUGUGUCACUCCUAGCCACACUGCCACAUGCUGUCUACUCUACCAUCGCCCAGGUGGCACCAGAUGAGGAGCUGUGCCUUGUCCGCUUCCCGGAGUCAGGCAGCUGGGAUCCUCAGCAGCUUUUGGGCCUGUACCAGUUGCAGAAGGUGCUGCUGGGAUUUGUCAUCCCACUGGUGGUGAUCACGCUGUGCUACCUGCUGCUCCUUCGCUUCGUGAUGGGCCGUAGGAUCCUUGGCAGCGUAAGCCCCGAGACUGAGCAGGGUCGCAACAAGCGUCGGUCCAAAGUCACAAAAUCGGUUGUGAUUGUGGUACUCUCCUUCUUUCUCUGCUGGCUGCCUAAUCAGGCACUCACGCUCUGGGCCGUGCUCAUUAAGUUUGAUAUGGUGCCCUUCAGCAACGCCUUUUACAAUGCCCAGGCCUAUGCCUUCCCACUCUCAGUGUGUCUGGCGCACACCAACAGCUGCCUCAACCCGGUGCUCUACUGCCUCAUCCGCAGAGAGUUCCGUGCUGGACUCAAGGAGCUAGUGAUUAGGGCCACACCAUCUUACCGCAGCCUGGCACAGCUGCUCCCCCGAAAGGCCAAAGUGGCAGAGGCACCCACCGUUUUAGUGUUAGUGCAGAUGGAUGUCUGAAGAAAAAAAAAAAAAAAAAAAAGACUCAACCUGGCUGACGUUCCAGUACACAUCUGCACAGACAAACAUGCCCUUUGAAGCUGUUGUUGUUUUUAAAUCUUUGUUUCUGUGUGAUAGACUGGAUCAGACAUGUGGAAUCCCUUGUGGAGCAUGCCCCAGAUUCUUUUGCACUUUUUGUGCUCUUUAUUUCAUCCAUUUCCCUUGACUGUGUGAUCUCUGAUCUUGUUUUUGGCAUGCACAUUUGGUCUGCAGUUCAGGGACAUUUCUAUUCACCUUCAUUUUAUUGGUGCACUUUAAAGAUUUCUUCAAGGACAUCUUUCAGAGGAACUAUAAAUGAUACAUUUGUGUGGUUAAAGAUGUGAUGUGAGCAGAAGUGCAAGCAGCAGUUCUACAAUGCCUGACUAUAUCAUGAGAGAUAAGAAAGGGGGAAAAAAUGUCUGUCUGAUGCACAACAUUAGAUGGUUAAUUGCAAAAUCUAAAAUGCCCUUGCAGAAAUAUCCUCAGUGCAAUCCUGAUAUAUGUGUAAAUACGAAUCUUUACAAAUUGCAAGUUGUUA